AUUCACUCUCUCUCUCUAAUAAUGUACUGUUUCUAAUUUCCCCGAACCCAGCUGUAUACGAACAGACAGUAAGAUACUCACAUCAGUAUUCGGCCUUUGCAGUUUAACUCGGGCAAUCGGAGAUCGAACAGGGAAUAUUAAUUUAAAAGACAUAAACUGUAGAUUAAAUAUCCGAGUCUCCAUUGGCAACAGGUGUCGGUCGAUGUCAACAGACUUGGUGUCAGGACUACCUGCACGACUUGCGUAGACACCUUAAAGAUCUGUACGCACUGCGGCGUAACGGCAGAGACCUCCUCGCUAAGUCUCUGCUUGUUCUGGAGGCUCUUGGGGUUAUGUUGCUGUAUGUUUAAGGUGUGUGUGUGUGAGCCAUGGCCUCUCCUACAACGCUGUCUAAGCUGAAGCUGGGAAGGUUGCGAGUUGUGCGUCAGAAGUUGCUUCAGCGCUAUGAGCACCAGCCCCUGGUGUCCUGCCUGGCUGGCCUGUAUGGUUGCCAAUGGAGACGCUACCAGAGGACCCGUGUCCAGCCGGGAGACUGCUGCUGCAGCAAGUUGGAGGGUGCCAGUUUAGUCCUCCUCGUGGUGACCUUUUCACUCACCCUGGUGUUUCUGUACUUCUGGAGCGAAGCACAGAAUGACUACAAUGAUUUUGACUGGUUUAACUUUGGGAACCUGGGCUUUUGGUUUCCCUGGUCUGUGGUGUUGCUGGUCAUCGCUGCAGCCUUCUUCACCUAUGUCGCCGUGCUGCUGCUGUUGGCGGUGUGUUUGCUGGCAGAGGGGCAGAAGCUCUACCUACACUGGGGACACAAGAUCGGUAUCCUGGUAUCUUUGGUCUUUUCUAUCGUGUCGACAGCUGUCCUCUCAGACUUAUGGAGCAAAGAGUGGACCACACUCCUCCUGUCUUUCCAGGUGACUGCGCCGUAUUUGCAUGUGGGCGGAGUCUUGCUGAUGACACUCUUGUCCUGGCCAAUAGCCUUGCAUUUCUUCCGCAUGAACAAGAAAGUGGAGCGGGGGCUCAUGGUGGGGGUGUACGUGGCCGUGCUGGGGGCUCUGUACUUGGUGCCUCUGGGCGUGUACUCCCCCUGCAUCAAGGAGGAGGGCAGGCUGGGCCCAGCGCCAGCUCUCAUCGGACACAGGGGGGCACCUAUGCUUGCUCCAGAGAACACCCUCAUGUCCUUUGAGAAGGCGCUGGAAGCCGGAGGACAGGGGCUGGAGACUGACGUCACUAUCAGCUACGACGGCGUGCCGUUCCUGAUGCACGACCGGACCCUGAGGAGGACCACCAACGUCCAGGACGUGUUUCCCAACAGGACGGACGCUGCGGCGGCCAUGUUUACCUGGGCAGAACUGGAGGUGCUCAACGCGGGCUCCUGGUUCCUCUCGCGUGACCCGUUCGGCACAGCCAGGUCUCUGCGUGCUGAGGACCGGGCGUGGGCACAGAACCAGUCGGUCUGCACCCUCAAGGCCUUCCUGGACCUGGCUGCCCGGAGGAACAAGCUGGUGAUCUUCGACCUGUACAGGCCGCCCAGGGGCCAUCCGCACAGGGACACCUGGAUCUCACGCACCCUGGAGGUCAUCCAGAACCAGUCGUCCAUCCGCUCCAGUCAGGUGUUGUGGCUGCCUCCAGACCUGCGAGCCCUGGUCCAGGAGAAGGACCAUGACCUCCAGCAGACCUCAGGCAGCCUGCUCCCCCUGGAGGAGCUGCAGAAGAACCACAUCGUCAAGCUCAACCUUCACUACAGUUCCAUGUCCACCCAGCUCAUCAGUGAGAAUGCAGCGGUGAACAUCAGCACCAACCUGUAUGUGAUCAGCCAGCCCUGGCUCUACUCCCUGGCCUGGUGUGCCGGCGCUCACUCCGUCACCACUAACGCCCCCCAGCUGCUCCGCACGCUGCAGAGCCCCCUCUUCCUCAUGACUCCUGAUGAGUACAGUUUAAUGUGGAUCCUCACAGAUCUGGUCUCCUUCCUCUUCAUCUUCCUCAUCUCCAUCUUCCACUGGUGGAGAGAGCGGGGCCUGGCGUUCUGCUCCACCAGCGAGACGACACUGGACAGCGGCACCUACAGCAAGUUUCCAACAGAACUGAGUGAUGUCUGGUCCAUCUCCAGCGUCACCAUCCUUGGAGACACUCGCAGCCCCUUGGUCACCGCCCCAAACCUGGCAACCGUGUCUGAACACUGAAAACCCCCUCUGUGAGAUGUUAUCGCUCUGCGCACACACACGCUUCAUCUAGACCAGGGGAUAAUACCUGUCUGUAGGUUUUCGCUCCAACACCAGUCUAGCACACCUGACUCUAAUCAGCUGGUUGAUCAGGUAGCUAGUGUUGAAUCAGGUCAAAUGAGUGUGGUUGGAGCAAAAACCUACAGGCAGAUCUCCAGGAACAGGGUUGGAGACCCCUCAUCUGGACGUUUCUAGUGACACAAAGCAAAUACCAUACAGGAUAGUAAGAAUCAGGUUUGAGAAACUAAAUGACACUUUAAAAACUUCCGGGCGGUUCUCUGAGCCACUCACUGCCUCCCCGACGCGAACGUAGCACUUCUUAGAUAUCCGAAUAUAUAAUUUAAUCUCCAUUUUGUUUAAUCUCUUAAAAUUUAGCAGGUUUCUGUUGUGAAGGAAGAAAAAAGUGACCUUUUAAUUUGACUAUAAUUUCUAAUGUCUGUUUGUUAAUGGACUUAAUUUAAAUGCAUUGUAAUAGUGUAAUUAGUAUAGUGUAACUUUUUUAAACAUUUCGGUCUGCGUGUGAGGCAUUCUGCCUAGUUUCAGCAGUUUGAAUUUAAAAGUAUGCUUGCCGUAAUAACCUUAAUACAAAGCUUAGCAACACUUUAUAUAACAACACUUUAUAAACUGUAAAACGGCUUUGAUCAUAAAAUGUUGUGAUCUAGAAACUUAAUCUCUGAAAAUUUGAGAGCACAAUUCUAAAGCAACUGUUUUGUAAAUCCUUCUGGUAAGGAUGAGACAAAAUCUAACUGAGAAAUAUAUUUUUUUGUUGUACAAAUUUAAGUGAAUUCUAUACAAAAUAGCAUUUGUGUUAAAUGGUUGGAAGUAAUUGUCCAGUCAAUGUGAAUUCCAAUGAAGCCUCAGGUUUCCCCUAUACUAACAAAAAGGGCGGGAAAACGUGAGGGAAAACAAAAAGGGCUUCGCUCUAAAAUAUUAGCAUUAGCACAGCAAUUAGCAUUAGCAACAUGAACAACCUUUUUUUUUUUUUUUUGCUAAUGCUAAUAUUUUGGAGCGAAGCCCUUUUUGUUUUCCCUCACGUUUUCCCGCCCUUUUUGUUAGUAUAGGGGGGAAAACACCAAGUGUGUUUUCUUCGCAGGGGAAAUUUGUUAUAUGCCACCACAAAAAUGUAGUUUGUACAGUUUAGUGUUUUGCCAAAGAUCACUCUAUAAAAAAACUUAACAUGUACUGUGAAUAGCCAUACACAACUAACUGUGGUCCCUUUCAUUUGCGCUACAUUGCUGUUUGUUGUGGCAACAUUUGACAGUCAUGUUUUAUAGUUAGUCCGAAUGUAACAAAAUACCAUAUAAUAAAUGUUUUGAAAUGUGUUUUGGUAUUACUUUUCAUUCUAAAACAUGCAAAUAAAUUUUUUAAUCAUA